AGCAGCAACUCCGUGUUGGGAACUAUUAGCGGGUCGCAAAAGCUGGUCUUUUCGUUCGGUGUAUCGCGAGAAGGUUAACCAUGUCGACACACAAGAAGAAGACCAGAAAGUUACGUGGGCACGUGAGCCACGGUCAUGGACGUAUUGGUAAACACCGUAAGCACCCUGGUGGUCGCGGUAAUGCCGGUGGUAUGCACCAUCACCGCAUCAACUUCGACAAGUACCAUCCAGGGUACUUUGGAAAGUUAGGUAUGCGUAACUAUCACUUGAGAAGAAAUCAAAAGUUUUGUCCAACGCUUAAUUUGGACAAACUUUGGACCCUUGUAUCCGAACAAACCAGAUUGAAGUACAAAAGUGCUGAUUCUGAGACUGAUAAAGUUCCAGUAAUUGAUCUUGUCAAAGCUGGAUAUUACAAACUUCUGGGAAAAGGUAGAAUACCAAAACAACCAGUGAUCGUGAAAGCUAAGUUUUUCAGUAAAACAGCUGAAGAUAAAAUCAAAGAAGCUGGUGGAGUCUGUGUACUAAGUGCAUAAAUCAUUAGGUAACUAUCUUAACCUACACAAUGACAUUCUUCAAACAUCUCAUUGGCAAUAAAAAAAUUUAGUUCAAAAAAUCAAAAAUUUUCUUUUGAGUUACUUAUCUUUUAUGAGCUCAUCUUCAAUGCAAAUGGUGAAUCUCAAAAAGUAGAUUUAAAUAGAGAAAAUUAAACGGUUUUCACUUCAUUGUUAAUAAUCACUUAAAAGUAACGUUCUGACUAAUUUGCACAUUACUAUUUUUUUUUUUUUUCAUUUUUAUUUAUUUCGAUUCAUAUCAUAAAUUUUUAAAAUUAUAGAACUUUUAAAUUGAUUUUUUUUGUCAGACUUUAUGCUAUGUCUGUUUUUUAUCAACUGUUUUUUUUAUUUGAAGAGAAAUAUAGAAAAUUGUUCUUCUUGUGUCACGUAGAGAAAUCUAUAUUAUAUAAAGUUAUUCUCCUAAAUGAUGAUAAUGAACGGGCGGACUGAAAGAGUGCGUACAACACUCAUAUAUUCUUGUUGAUUCGUUCUAUUCUGAAAUGAA